UCUGUUGUCGUCAGCCUUCGUGAAAGUUCUUAGCAUAGUUUAAAAAUCAAAAAUAAGACCUCCCUCCUGAAAGACCAAGGGCUCAAGGACAUGCAUUGAAUCCGCGAAUAACAGUAGGCCAUAAGAGAGCGAUAAGAGGAACGGAGAAGAGGGAGAGAAAGAGGAAAAGGACGAAGAGGAGGCGGACGAGGGCGUCCUACUCUCUCCUCUUGGCUCUCUUCUUGAAAUCCUCUUUGGAAAAGGCAAAACUUUCAGUCGUUUGCUGAAAGUAAGAGGAAGAGGCGGCCGAUUUUUUCAGAAAAGAGGCCCCGAACAUAUGAGAACUGAGUUAGUGAGAAUACCUGAAUCGAGGCUUUAGGAAGGUGACCCAUUUAGUUGAGAAGCCUCGGUGAUAUUUAGCUCUACGUCUUUUUUUUUUUUAUUAUUUUUUAUGUUUAUUUAGUUGUUCAAGUUGACACACUUGCCUCAUCUCAACGGUGAAAAAUGAUUAUCGAUCACCCAGAACUAUUGAAGCAGUGGUUAACAGGCUUCCUAGCACCUCUGUGUGAUGCUGACCCAGAAGCCUUAGCCAAAUACUGCCUUGCUUUAGUUCGUAAGGACCGCCCCAUUUCAGAGCUGAAGGCUGGCAUGAUUGAGCAGCUCGAUGUUUUUCUUCAGAGCAAUACCAAGUCAUUCGUUGAUAAGUUUUUACAAGUAACUACCACACGGUCAUACAUACCAAAGAGCUCCAGUUCAUCACUGUCGUCGUCUACAGGGCCAUUUUCGACUGACCCAUCCUCUCCUAGUCUGAAUAAUAAUAGUGACUCUGGCCCACCGCCAUUACCCCCGACCCCAGUUUCAAAGCAGUCAUCUGGCCACUCUCCUGAUUCAACCACCCCCCCAAACGCAGUUCCUCCACCUGCUACCUCCUCAUCUACAGGCAUGCAGCCUGCCCCACCACCACCACCCCCAAGUUCUGCUGCUGCCCCUCCUCCACCGCCACCUCCUGAGUCCGCCCCUCCCCCACCUGUCCCUGCAUCUGUCAUCACCCGUAAGGAGGAAGUGUCCUCCUCACAGAGAUCCAGAAAGUCAGAAUCUGAUCGAGAUCGUGAUGAUAGACGGGGAAGACGAAGGUCACCAUCACGAGGAAGAUCCAGGUCUCGUUCACGUUCCAGAUCAAGGAGUAGAGACAGGUCAAGGAGAUCACGUUCAAGGGGUCGCUCUGGACGCAGUAAAUAUGAGGACAGGAGAAGGAGAUCACCACCAACCAAAAGAUAUCGUAGAUCAAGAACACGCUCCCGUACCCGAAGUCCAAGACGGUCAAGAAGUCCUCGGCGCUCCAGGUCAAGGGAGAGAAGAUCAAGGUCUAGAAACAGGUCGCGCUCCAUCAGUCCGAGAAACAACAGGACAUCAGGCCGAGGGAGGUCACCACCUCCAACCCCACGGUCACCAACACCCCCAAGGAAAUCAAAAUCAUUGCCUAGAGACGAAAAGAGAGAAAGUCCACAUGGAACCUCACCUGUUGCUGAAGUGAGACCAGAGCCAAGGAGUGAUCCAAGUUCUGUUAUCCAAAGUGUCAUUGCUGUUAAGCAUACAGAUUUUGUGGCACCACCACCAGCGGGCAAGAAACAGAGGUGUCGUGAUUACGACGAGAAAGGUUAUUGUAUGCGAGGUGACAUGUGUCCCUUCGACCAUGGCUCAGACCCAGUGGUGCUUGAGGGUAUAGGGGGAGUGCUGGACUUUCCUCCACCUCCAGUGCCAGGUGCCCAAGGGUACACCCCAGCACCUGCUCCACCACAGGGAGUGCCAAGACCCAGGCAUCCUCCCCCAAGACAUCCACAGUAUGGUAAGACAAUUGGUGAGUAUACCCCCCGUGACCCAAGCUUGUGGGGUGGUCAGGUCAACAGCAGCACAGGACCUUACUAUGGAGCUAGUGGUGGUCAGGGAAGAGGGACAAGCGGCGGGGGUCCUCGUUUCUCGGCACCUCCACCACCUCUUCCUAGUGGCACAUCUAGGGAACUCAUCAGUGUGCCAGUCAAUAAUGAGGCAUCCAUGGUGUCAAGUGGCGGAGUAAGACCAUCUCUAGCCAAGCGCUUAGGCCCAGCAGUUCCUCCAGCAAACAACAUUAUGCCCAUGACUUCAAAGCCAGGACGUCCUGACCUUGACAAUUGUACACUGGAACUGAAAAAAAUACCACCAGGAUUGAACACCAUUUCUCAUCUGAAUGACCAUUUUGCAAAGUUUGGGACUAUUGUCAAUAUUCAGGUUCAAAAUGAAGGUAAUCCAGAGUCAGCCCUGGUGACAUUUGCAAGCCAUUCAGAAGCAAAUGCAGCAUACCGCAGUACAGAGGCAGUGCUCAACAACAGGUUUAUCAAGCUAUUUUGGCACAACCCACAGAAUAAACCAGAUCGUCCUGGAAGUUACCCGUCCCACACUGUCAGACCUGUGCAUGACAGACUGGGCGUCAGACAUCCUAACAAAACCCUCAACAAGAUGGUGGUGGAGCACACAAGUGAGGACAAAAAUGAAAAGGUGAUGAUCUCUCGAGGCAGCUUAGUCAAGACUGUUUACAACACUCAUGCCCUCCAUUCUGCUGCUGCUGCUACUGCUGUUGCCUCUUCUACUGCAGCUGGCCCCGCAACUGGAGCUGUCACUCCCACCUCCCCUGUCAAUGGCCCUCCCUCUUUACCUGCCACAGCACCUGACUCAACACAGACUGCUGCCGACAGUAAAAGACAAGAGAUUGAUGCAAUCUUUAAGCAGCGAGAAUUAUUAGCUGCAGAGGUCGCAGCUAAACAGAAGGUGGAAAAGCAGAAGGCAGAAGCUUUAAAGCUAAAGUCAGAGGUUGAGCAGAGGAAGAGAUUGCUGUUGGACAAACAGAUGCAACAACUCAAGGUACUUGUAACAAAAUUCGACAAAAACAAAGCCACCAUGAAAGCAGAAGAGAAGAAAUUACUCCUAGAAACUAUCAAAUCUUUGCAAGCAGCCAUUGACACUACAAGAUCACAGCUCGUAGCUGGGGAGACUCCCAAAAGCAAAGUCCAGGUAGACAGAGAAAUACUUGACACUGAACUUGAGCUGUACACUGUUCAAGCUGAAGGAGGAGACAUUUCCAAGCUCCGUGCACGACUCAACCAGCUGCGAGCACAACAGCAGGCUGCAGGUUACCCUGUUUCAAGAUCUGCAAGACAUGCGCCAUAUAGCACUGCAAGGGGAGGCCAUUAUGGUCGAGGAAGAGGAGUAGCAAGCUUGGCCCGAGGAGGUUUGAGAGGAAGGGGCAGGGGAAGAGGGUAUGGUGGGCACUCGUUUUCAUCUGUUGAUCGAAGAACCACCAAGAUCAAUGCCUCUGGGUUUGAACGUGAAGAUAAGGAGGAAGUGUUGGCCCACUUUUCGACCUUGGGCACUGUCUCCAAUUAUAUAUGGGAUGAUCAGACUCCGGCUGUAACAAUUCACUACUCAUCACGUCGAGAGGCAGAAAAGGCAAUGUCAGAGGGUAGGACUCUUGGUGAUCGGCUUCUGACCCUCACCUGGGCCUUUGAUUCCCCCCUGCCUGUAUCCUCACAGGCUGCGGGAGGAGUGGCUGGAGGGCAUCAUGUGGCCACACAUGCAUACUCUAAUGUUGCCCCACACUCCACCACUCCAUCUCUCUCCCCGGAUGACACACUAGAGGAAAUAACUGAGGAAAUAGUGGAAGAAGUGGAAACUGAAGAAGGGGAGCACCCUGAACUCUUUGAAGAAGAGGAAGAAGUAGAAGAGGAUGAGGAAGAAGUCAGAUCAUGGAGGAGGUAGAAUAGGUAGUAAAGAUGGUUAGAAAAAUAUAAUGGGGUGGAAGGCACAAAAUGAGGAGUGAAAUGUAGCAUUAUUAUAUUGUAGUGUGUGCGUGUGGUGUGUGUAUGUUGGAGGACUCAUUUCAGUGAGGGUGAGAUGAGCCUGCUGAUCAUGUAUACCCUCCCUCCAUACCCCAUCGUUCAUCACUCCUUGUGUAUAUCCACCCAUUUUCUCUCUCUCUCUCUCUCUGUUUUUAAUUCCAUGACUUGGUCACCUAGCAUUCAUCAUAGUGUAAACAAACAAACCAUGUUGCAUAGGUAACUCGUCACAUCACAUGAAGGAAAAUUCAUAUAUGUCAUGAGAUGAAGUGAUAUUUAGCACGUGAUAAUAAGGCAUUCUUUCAUGGGUUCAUCUGUGGUACAGUACAUUAAAUGUAGGCUUGUUAAGGUUUAAGACAUGAUAUGUAAUCAUUCUGAAUGGAUGUGGGAAUUGACCUCAAAGGAAUAUUAUUAACUGCUAUCUUUGACUUUGUUUAUUACAUUUAAAAUGUUGUGGAGGAAUAUACAGACAGAUACAUUAAUUGUGAUGUGUAUUAUUAAAUUAU